UUCUGCAGUUCCACACUUGCAGCAGCCACAGCCCACAGGAGCUCUAUACUCCAAUUCUGAUUCAUGUAACACAAAUGGCGGUGGUGAGUACUUCUUCGGCUCUCCACCUCUUGCCUCCCCUCCUCCUGCUCCUCAUCGCCACCAGCGAGGCCACCACAUUUUACAUCACCAACCGGUGCCCCUAUACCAUAUGGCCAGCUGCUGUGCCGAUAGGUGGUGGCAUGCAGCUCGACACAGGCAAGGCCUGGACCCUCAACACGGGUGAGACCAACAGCACGCGCCUGUGGGCGCGCACGGGCUGCUCAUUCGAUGGCAAUGGCACCGGGACAUGCCAAACGGGUGACUGUGGCGGCUUGCUCGCCUGCAAAGCCUAUGGUCAGCCACCAAACACCAUCGCGGAGUUUAGGCUUGGUGUCGUGAAUGACAAGGAUUUCUUUGACAUCUCCCUCGUUGACGGCUUCAACGUGCCCAUGGACUUCCUGCCUUUGGAAGCUAAGGGAGGGGGAGGGUGCAGCAAAGGGCCCCGAUGCACAGCCAACAUAACGGCGCAGUGCCCAAGCGAGCUGAAGGCGCCGGGGGGUUGUAACGACGCAUGCACGGUGUUCAACGAAGACAAUUACUGCUGCAGAGGGAGCGCGGCAAGCAAUUGCAACCCCACAAACUACUCGGUCUUCUUUAAGCAGAUGUGCCCAGAUGUCUACAGCUACGUCGCGGAUGACAGGUCGAGCGUUUUCAGUUGCCCGACGGGCACCAGCUACCAGGUUGUAUUUUGUCCCCUGACCAGUGAAGCAAUAUCGCCUACAGCUGAGGUAACACCAUUGUCCCCCAGUGCUCUGCCUGCACCUAUUGGGCCAACAAGCAAGAAAUUUAAGUCCUCUGUAAGAAGAGUCAUUGCAAUUCUAGCUCCUGUAGUUGGCUUCAUUUUGCUCACCGUCUUGUUCCUCACUAUAUUCACUAUACGUAAACGAAGAGCAGAACGACGGCAUGAGAUGGAGGAAGAGGAAGAAUUUGGGGGGCUACAAGGAACGCCCAUGAGGUUCACAUUUAAACAGCUAAAAGUAGCAACCGAGCAAUUCACAAACAAACUAGGGGAAGGAGGAUUUGGGUCUGUCUUCAAGGGACAGUUUGGUGAUGAAAGAAUUGCAGUCAAACGUUUGGAUCGAACUGGUCAGGGCAAAAGAGAAUUUUCUGCCGAGGUUCAGACAAUUGGCAGCAUUCAUCAUAUUAAUCUUGUCAGAUUGAUUGGUUUCUGUGCAGAGAAAUCUCAUAGGCUCUUGGUAUAUGAGUAUAUGCCCAAAGGAUCCUUGGACAGAUGGAUCUAUUAUCAACAUGAGAAUGACGCUCCACCUUUAGAUUGGAGCACACGGUGCAAGAUUGUAACUCACAUAGCGAAAGGCCUCUCGUAUCUUCACGAGGAAUGCACAAAAAGGAUUGCUCAUUUGGAUGUCAAACCACAAAAUAUCCUCUUAGAUGACAACUUCAAUGCCAAGCUUUCGGAUUUUGGACUAUGCAAGCUCAUUGAUAGGGAUAUGAGUCAAGUAGUUACCAGAAUGAGAGGCACACCUGGAUAUUUAGCUCCUGAAUGGUUGACAUCACAUAUCACAGAAAAGGCCGAUGUCUACAGCUUUGGCGUCGUGGUGAUGGAAAUCAUCAGUGGAAGAAAGAACCUGGACAAUUCUCGGUCAGAAGAGAGCAUCCAUCUCAUCACCCUAUUGGAGGAAAAGGCGAAGACGGAUCAGUUGGUAGACUUGAUUGACAAGAAUAGUAGCAACAUGCAAGCGCACAAGGAAGACGUAGUUCAUAUGAUGAAGCUUGCAAUGUGGUGUUUGCAGAUUGAUUGCAAAAGAAGGCCUAAAAUGUCCGAGGUCGUCAAAGUCCUGGAAGGUACCAUGAACGCAGACACCAACAUAGACCAUAACUUUGUUGCAACAAGUCCAGCAAAUUAUGGCAUUGCAGAAGAUGUGGAAUCCUCAGCUCUCCCUCUAGCCUCAGAACUAUCAGGCCCCAGGUGAAAUUAGACAGUCCACAGUUUUUUCGACUGUGAGCAGGAGAUUCUCUUAUGUAGAACAAAAUGUCUGGUCUGUUGCAUUUUGUGAAAUAACUGCAAUCUGAAACCCCUUGUCUCGAGUUAAUUUUACCAGCAGAAUAUCUCAAAUUACAGACACUCUUUCAUCUACAAAAGAUGGAACUCGGUUUUAUUCAUUUGUUCAGUUUCUCCCUGUAGCAGAAAUCUGCUUCUAAUGAUCAUAGUGGAAAUAAAAAUCAUGUUUUAAACA